AUGGGAGUUCCGGCUCUUUUUAGAUGGCUUUCAAAAAAAUAUCCAAAAAUCAUUGAAAAAGUCGUCGAAGAACUGCCGGUUGACGUCCAUGGAGUUGAAAUACCCGUUGACAUUUCAAAACCGAAUCCUAAUAACGUAGAAUAUGAUAAUCUUUAUCUGGACAUGAAUGGUAUAAUACAUCCCUGUUGCCAUCCUGAUAGCAAGCCGGCACCCGAAACUGAAGAUGAUAUGAUGAUUGAAAUCUUUAAAUACACAGAAAGAAUUAUCGCUAUAGUACGACCAAGAAAAGUUUUAUAUCUUGCUAUAGAUGGCGUGGCUCCUCGCGCUAAAAUGAACCAACAACGAUCUCGGCGUUUUCGUACGGCACAAGAAGACAGAAUAAGAAACGAAGAAAGAUCUAAGGAAAUUGAAGCAUCUGGUGCACCGAUUGAUGAGGAAUUGAUUCAAAAGAAAGGAUUCGACAGUAAUUGUAUAACACCAGGUACUCCUUUUAUGGCAAAUCUUGCCAAAUGCUUACGAUAUUGGAUCGCAGAAAAGCUUAAUUAUGAUGAAGGAUGGAAAAAUUUGAAAGUUAUCCUAUCUGAUGCCAAUGUUCCAGGUGAAGGUGAACAUAAAAUCAUGGAUUUUAUUCGUGGACAACGUUCCAGUCCUUACCAUGACCCCAACACACGACACGUCAUAUAUGGUUUGGAUGCUGAUUUGAUUAUGCUUUCAUUGAGUACACAUGAGCCUCAUUUCAAAGUUCUACGUGAAGAUGUCUUUUUUAGUGACGGCAGUUUUAAGGGUUGUUUCAUAUGUGGUCGCAUGGACCACAUGGCCAACCAAUGUAGAGUUGAUUUAGUUACAACUCGCUCAAAAUCCAAAGACGAAGGAAAAAUUUUGAAUUACAAUAAACCAUACGUACUUUUAAAUGUAGAGACCCUUCGCGAGUACCUUGCAGUUGAACUCAGAGAACCAUCUAUGCCUUGGCCAUUUAACUUAGAAAAUGCAAUUGAUGAUUGGGUGUUUCUUUGUUUCUUUGUGGGAAAUGACUUUCUUCCACACUUACCAUCCUUAGAAAUAAGAGAAGGUGCAAUAGAUACCUUGAUAUCUAUAUGGAAACGUUGUUUACCAAUUAUGCGAGGGUAUUUAACAAAUUGUGGAAAUGCAAAUCUAAAAAGAAUGCAGUAUUUGGUGACUGAAUUAGGUAAAAUGGAAGAUGAAAUUUUCAUUAGAAGGCACAGAGAUCAGCAAAGGCGUACGUCGCAACCUGCACCAAAGCGCCGGCGGAUUAAUGAUAAAUACUCUCCAACCGGCGCUUCAGGCUUAGAUCAUUUGCCUGUUGGCAUGCCACUUCUUCCUGUUAAAGGUCUUGACUCGCAAGUUCGAGCAAGGACAAACCAAGAUGUUGUUGUUAAUCGGCAAGCGUUACGAAUGGCUAAUUUAAGUGCUGCACAAUUAUUAAAGGCUGAAUUGAGUGGAAUAGAACCCUCAGUUCAUACGGCCACUUCUAAUGAGGCUCCUACCGAACAUUUGAGUACACUUCAAUCCUUUCAAACGACGAUAGAUACGCCUAUGACUCAACUUACAACUGAAACACCAGAAGUGGUUGCAGAUAAUACGGAUACAUUCAUAUCAUCACAUUCUGUCGGGAUAAAAAGAAAGUCCGAGUUUUCGGAUGAUAAUAGUCAAGAAACCUAUAUUGAGACUAAAGAUAAAAAUGAAAUAGAAACACCUAUUCAAGCAGUUCCCUCAGAUGAUGCAGAACAAGAGGAUCCCGUUAGACUAUGGGAGCCUGGCUUUAAAGAACGAUAUUAUAAGGAUAAAUUCGAUGUCGAGGUGUCUAAUGAACAAUUUCAUGAAUUUCGCUCAAACAUUGUAAGAAGUUAUAUCGAAGGCCUAUGUUGGGGCGUUCCGUCUUGGAAGUGGUACUAUCCAUACCACUACUCGCCUUUUGCUUCCGACUUCGUUAAUAUUGGCGAUCUACAAAUUAAUUUCGAAUUAGGUGAACCAUUUAAACCAUUUGAACAAUUAAUGGGCGUUUUACCGGCUGCCAGCAAAGAACAUUUGCCUGUGCCAUUUCAUAAACUGAUGACUAGUCAAGACAGUGAAAUAAUUGAUUUCUAUCCUAAUGAUUUUGCCAUAGAUUUAAAUGGCAAGCGGUACGCCUGGCAAGGCGUUGUAUUACUCCCAUUCAUUGAAGAAUCGCGUUUAUUGAAAGCUGUAGAGUCAGUAUAUCCUCAUCUGGAGGCAGAUGAAAUUGCACGAAAUACUCUAGGUUCUGAGAUUUUAUGUUUUAGUAAUAAGCAUAAAUUGUAUGAAGGAUUGUGCAUAUUAUUGUAUUCUCUGAAAAACGACGGAAAGCCUGUCGCAUUAGAUCCUAUGAUCAGCGAUAAGUUGGUCGGAUUUGUUAAACGUGAUCCAAACUGUAUACCUGAUAGUACUUUCGGUACUCCUUUACCAAACAAAAAUACCCAGGACAUUGUUAAUGAUAAGUCGCUAAGCGAAAACAAGUAG